AUGGCUGGUUUUGGUUCAAUUACGGUUUUUUGUCUCAUUCUGGUCUUACGGUCAUGCCAAGGUCGAAUAACUUCGCCACCUGAUGGAAAAAUUCUUACCCUUUUUAAUGGAUCAGCAGCAAAUAUAACGUGGUCGUUUGAUAAUGAUGUAUCAACAGUAAGUUCACGGGUUUGGUAUUUCAGAAGUAGUGAUGGUGUAUUCAAUGAUCAUCGACUUGGAAGAAUAAUUGACAAUGACCCUCCUUCAAAAAUAACGAGUUUACUUGAUGUUGCAAUUGAAAGACCUGGGACAUUGCUUUUAAAGAAUGUUAAUCAAACUUAUGAUGGAACAUACCAGUUUUCAAUUGACGGUGAGCGAUCUACAGUUGCCGUUUAUAUUGCAAAGAAACCAAAGGUGACAUUGAAUUGCCCUGGAGUCGUCACACUAAAAAAAGGUGAAAACUUCACGUGUCUAUGCAGAGGUGAAGGUGGAAAUCCUCCUGCUAAUGUUACCUGGUAUAAAGAUGGAGUCAAAAUUACUGAUGUUGGAACGGAGAGGCAAAAAUUAAUUCUUUCACUUGUCGGUAGAACAGUCCGCGGAACAUAUAAGUGUGUAGCCACAAGCCACCCCUUUGGAAAAUACAGUGAUGAAAAAUUCAUUCAAGUUAUUAUCUAUUUUAAACCAACGAAUACAAUGAUUACGUUCACGAAGAACCCCGCUGUGAUUAAUGGACCACUAACCAUAACAUGUGCCUCUGAUGGGUUUCCUGAACCAUUUUAUACUAUAUACCAUAAUGGAAAGGUUCUUAGUACUGAAAAGUGGUACAUCGUACCGCAAGUUAAAUGGAAAGAUAAUGGAACAUACAAGUGCAUCGCGGCUAAUACAUUUGGAAAGGACUCCGUUUCUGACUAUCUAAAAGUUACUGAAGAACCGAAACCUACAGUGGUAUCUAUAACAAGAUCAACUUCACGAUCAGUAUCCAGCACAAGCAUAAAGAAUCGUGAAGAAAAGGCACACCCAGCAGCAUCGAAUGACAAUGAAACAAAAUGGUAUAUUGUCCUGGUGUCAUUAUUGUCUGGAAUAAUCAUUGGGAUUCUUCUUUCCUACAUUGUCUUUCGUUAUCAUAGUAAAUUUAGAAAUAAAAAACUUCAACAAAAACCUGACUCACCAACUUCUCAAGUUGAUCCAACUUAUCAAGAACUGGAUCUUGAAAAAAUGAACAAAGAAGACAAUUAUCAGUCAUUGAGAGUAAAUGCUGCAAGAAAUGACGGUGUUAAUGAUGGCGACUCUACUUAUACUGAGUUGAACAAAACAAGAGAUGUCGAUAGCAAUUAUCAAUCUUUAACUUGA